GGGCUGGAGGGAAAGAGAUCAGAGAGCAAAAAAGAAGGUAGAGAGAGAGAGAGAGAGAGAGAGAGAGAGAGAAAAGGAGAGAGGAACUAAAGAAAAGACAGAUGCUAUAGCUGGUCUUUUUGCCUACUGACGCCCAUGCUGGGUUCAUCUCUGCGUGUGUGUGACGUGCACGGGGGUGUGUGUGGUGUGUGUGUGUGUGUGCGCUUGUGACGGCAGCCGCGGCGGCAGCAGCAGGGGAGGAGGACGGAUCAAAGAGAUUGUAGGACACGAUGCAUUUAGCUGCCUAACGUCUCUGCGCACACACCGUAGCCGGCUAAACCAGAACGCGCUCAUACUACACGCAUCCGCACGCAGCCCACCCCACACACACACACACACCACGCGUGUGUGGGGACAGCGCAGAUGAGGCAACCACCAAAGGGAGGUGUGGAUCUUUCCAGAAGCGUUUGGUAGGUGGGAGAGGACGGCCUCGGUGGCUGUAGCCCGGCAGGAGCGGUCGUAGGUGGAGAAGGGUCGGACCACUGCCUUCGGUUUUCUUCAGAGCUCUGGAAACGCCAAAGAUGGACACAUCCUUCACCUUUCUCUUCCUCACGCCAGUGUGUGUUUCCUCUGUGCUGCGUCGCUGUCGCCGGGCUUGUCUGCCAGCCGCAGGGGGAUUCGAUAUCGUGCGGUGUUGAGAAACGCACACACAGAACACACCUGGAGAUCAGCUGUUCGGGGAGAGCAGAUUCACUGAUACCGCAGUCUCUCUGCUGUGCUGAAGGAUGGAUUCAGGGGAAGAAGAUUGCACACAUUUCCUGCAGUACGUGGAGGACAGCGGUCUGAGGGCGUAUGACGAGCUGGUUAUCCAGAACGCCUCUGACAUCGCCCGAGAAAGCGACCGCGUCCGCAACCACACACACUGGACAUACCUACAGGAGAAAACCCAGAAGAAGAGACGGCAAGAGGAAGCUAUCAAGAGGAUUGGCGAGGAUGUGGCCCGUGUGACGGAAGGAGGAGGAUACGCAGGCAAACACUUUCGUAUGGGCUUCAUGACGAUGCCGGCCCCUCAGGACCGCGUUCCUCCUCCCUGCGGCCCGGGCUUCACUGUACGCUCGCAGUCUCUGCACUCGGUGGGAGGGGGAGAAGAGGAGGGGAGUCCCACCUCCAGAAAACAGCCCCCACCCAAACCCAGACGAGAUCCCAACACCAAACUCAGCACCUCCUCUGAGACCGUCAACACUGGGCUCAGCACGGGGAAGAGCGGGAAGGAAACGGACAAAUGCGACGCGUCUAAAUCCCGCCCCUGCAGUGAAGAGUACCGUCGCAUGCCUCCACCCAAACCCAAACGCAACCCCAACACCCAACUCAGCACAUCCUUUGACGAGUCUUACAUCCAAAACCACGGCAGUAAGGCAAAGUCGGCCUCUCUGCCGCGGCAACACAAAAAAAAGUCUGCGUCUCAGAAUCAAAGCCCCGCCCCUGAUACUGACGAUGAAACGGAACCUGUUUAUAUAGAGAUGGUGGGGAACAUCUUACGAGACUUCAGUCGAAUUGCAGGAGCUAACGGCAAUGAAGAGGACGACCAAGGUGAAAGUGUGUACGAGGAGAUGAAGUAUCCAGCUUACGAUGAUUUACCUUCAUCUUUAGACCACGCUCAGUCGCGAUGGGAGCAAUGUUCCACUCCUUUGGUGCCGGAAGUCGAACUUACACGACCCACCACUCCACGUGGUUCGCUGUGUGACAUUCCCGCCCCGUUCCCGAAUCUGCUUUCCCAUCGACCUCCUCUACUAGUAUUCCCACCUGCACCAGCCCAAUGCUCCCCCAACUCUGACGAAUCCCCCCUUACUCCACUGGAUGUCACCAAACUGCCCAUGUUGGACAACAUGGGGUAUGGGAAACCAGGUGCAUCCCCAACUAGCGCCGACCCUGGACCACAGCUGGAGGCGCAGCAGGUGUCCGGUAAACACCACCACCACCACCACCACCACCAUCAUCAUCAUAAGAAGUCAGCAGAGACUAAGGAGCAACAAACAAUCACAGCAUCAGGACGUUCGUCUGCUCCUCCUCUGCCAUCUGCGCAGUAUAAAAGCGGCGGGUCUUCUGCGGCACAUGGCUACCCAAGGAGCCACUCCGCCUGCCCGUCCCCUGUCAGUAUGGGUCGCGCUUUGACGCCGCUCACCCUGAAGCGUCCCCCGCCGUACGACGCUCUCAUGACCGGGACGAUUCCUCGCAGCGCCUCUGGAGUUCCGCACGGAUCGCGUGAGAGCGGGCGGCUCUCGAAUUCCUCUAGCGUGCACGGAGGGUCCAUGCAAAACGUCUCCACCGCGUCGGGCUCGAGCUCAGGGUCGGGAGGUCGAGGCUGUCGUACACCAACCAGUCCUUUGGAUGAGCUCAGCAACUUGUUCUCUUCCGGACGUAACAUGCUGAAGAAAGGUUCUGGAAGCCGAAAGAGUAAGGAGUCAGCGGAUGGUGAAAGUAAAGGCAGAAGUGACAGCAGGGACAGAGCCCUUCGUAGCUCUUCUCCGAAAUCACAGGAUUGGGAAACGCCCACAGGACAAUCAGCCACGCCCACAGCCACACCCAGUCGGUUCGGCCGCUCCUCCAUCAGCCCGACCACCAUGCUUGGAGAAACAAAAGCCGGGUGUAAACUCGGCCGCUCGGCGUCCACAUCAGGAGUCCCGUCCCCUGUGGGAACGCCCCAAAGACACGCCUCCGACCAUCCGUGCGGGACCCCGUUCCAGAUGCCCCCAAUGCCCUGGGCAUGUGGGGACAGCACCAUGAUGGAGAUGAUUGAGAAGAAACGUCACCUGUGCAAGGAGAUAAAAGCCAGACAGAGACCUUCAGACAAAGCCCUGUGCAAGCAGGACAGCAUGCCCAUCCUGCCCAGCUGGAAGAAGACCAACGGGAGCAAGAAAUACGGGCCCCCUCCGUACUCCACCCAAACCACUGUCUUCUGGGACACUGCUAUAUAAAGAGUGACCAGCGAACUACAGCCAUGGAGACUGAGGGGGCGUGCCCAAAUAUUGAUUGACAGCUAGCAGGAAGCGGGACUAAGCACAGUGAAGGAUUAUCAAAACUCCCUGGUUUCCUAUCGCUGUUUAUAUUUGAUAUUUUUAUAUUGGAGAUAACUGUCUUAAUAUAAAAUAUAAUUAGCGGUUUUAUAAAGAGGAACUCUCGAAGUGAGAUCUACGAGUGAAAAAGAGUACACUUUUACCCAUGAGAUGAUAUUUGUCCUCUUCGAAAUGGUCUUUCUAUUUAUUUUAUAUCCUUUUUUGGGGUGUUUCUAUAUUUGGCACUCAUCCGUGUGUCUGGGGAAAUAAUCUAUAAUGUGUGGUGAAAUAUGUGCAGUAAUUCCAUUGAGAAAACACAUUGUUUUUAAUGCCUAUGCAUUUGGUUAUACGGCAUGGACGGCGCUUUUGUUCAUUGUUUUUCAUAUGGAGAGUUUAUUUGAAAAUGCUAUAUUUUUUGGUGUCUGUAUUUUAAAUGUCGGAUCGUGAGGUGUCAGGUUGUCGUUCCUAUGACUUCUGGGUUGGACUUGAAGGCGAUCGGCUGGAUUUUGAGAUAUUAGAUCGGAUUGGAUUAUGAGAUAACGGAGUUAUUAAAGUAAAGCUCGGGCAGUUGGUCAGAUAUUGAGCGUGCGGUCAGAUAAACCGCGAGGGCACUUUCUGUUUUGCAAGGUCAGCUGGUGCAUUCAAUUGUGAGCGCUGUAAGCUCACAGACACACAUUAAUAUCAGCUGCUUUACGGCCUAACAUUUGGUGCUGUUCAACUACUUUCUUGAAUGUUCAACUUUAACAGCUACAUGACAGUCAUACGCAUAAUACUACUGGUACGAAAUUAGCAUGGGCGGUUUGUGUAUGGCCAUUGCGGGUGCACAUGGUCAGGGAUUGGAUGAUGAAAAUUCAUAAAUCUUUUCUUCUACCAUGUCAGAUAAUAUCUUGAAUACAGACACCGUUCCUUUUAUGAAGCACUAUGCAGACAUACUGUCAGUUUACAUGCUCAUAUAUCACUGCGGCAAGAGUCAAGGGCAGGCAAUAUCAUACUGAAAAGGCUCAGAAAGAAAAGACCAGGCCAUCAUUUACUCUGAUAAGAUGCUGUGCAUCAAGGCUCCAUCUAUAGCUUUACCAUGCAAUCAGAGAGCCAUGCUGGUGCAUUCAAGCACACUUGACUAUAUGUGAAUCGUAAGAGUUUGCCCACUAGCAAGUCAAGCACAGCUUUAAAACGGCAGGAGAGUAAACUCCUUUCUUUGUGUAUCUCUGGAAUCAGAUCGUGCAAUUUGGGGCAAGAAAUAUACUAAAUGCAAGCAUACAAACAAAUGCAUGGCUAAUAGUUUUAAAGCGAUUGGUUUCUUACAAGGGACAGUUCACCCAAAAAUGAAAAUUCUGUCAUCAUUUAGUAACGUUUGAGUUCCAAACCUGUAAGAGUAUCUUUUUUAUGUUGAGCACAAAAGAUGAUAUUUUGAAGAAUGCUGGUAUCUAAACGUAUGUCGGUAUCCAUUGACUUGCACAGUAUGGAAAAAUACCAUGGAAGUCAAUGGCUGCCAUCAACUAUCAGAAUUUUAAUUUUUCACUAAUCUCAGUAUUUUACGAAAGCAAUAGACCCUGAAAAAAUAAAUAUGCUAAAAUGUUUUUGAAAUACAAUUAUUCCAUGCAUAGUAUACCAGUAUACUACAAACGCAUUUACAUAUUUAUGCACUUAAUAAUAAUACCCUGCAAUUGUACUUUUAGUACAAAGUCUGCUAUUGGAACUAAUGUUGUACUUAAUGCACAUUAACUGUAUGGAAGUAUAUAGUGCUGAAGUCCAACUAAAGAUAUACUAAUAAUAAUAUUCUUGAAUAGAUCGACUGCAAGUAUACCUAGGUACACUUUAAAUAUCUUGCAUUUAAGUACAGAUAUUAUUCAAAAAUCAUACAAUCCUCAUUAAUAGUAAAAUUGAAACACAUUCCAACUCAAACGUUCCAACUUUAAAUCUGAAUUGAAAAUGUUUUGUGUAGCUGGUAUUUGGAAAAAUCUGGCUUUUUGUUAAUGAAACCAAGGUGAUGCAAACAUCUGGGUUGGCCAACAAAAUACAUCAUCCCUGCAACCCUUUAUAGAGUUAUAUUUUUAAAUGUCUCAGAUGAGAUAUGUUAUUAUUCAUGCAGCUUGCUAAACAUAAUUAUUUCACACAAAAAAAAAAAAAAAACACAGAAGGCGGCUUAGAAUGCAACUUCUUCUUUCAUUAUUAAUUGUGAUGCAUUUCACAUCCCAAUAAUGUGAGAAACCAAGUAUUGCGUUCAUGUACUUGCAUAGAGUAUGUCUCGGGCCUAAAAGAGAUUCACCCAAAAUAGAGAAUUCUGUCAUCGUUUACUGAAAACCUGUGUCAUUCCAAACCUGCACGGCUUCUUUCUUUUGUCUAAACAAUGAAAGCCAAUGAGAUCUAAUGUUGUUUUGGACUUCCCUGACUUUCACAGCACAGUUGAAGCAAUUAUUUAAAAAAAUUAUUCUUCUGUGUUCCAUAGACGCACGUUUGGAAUGAAAAGAAUGAUAGAAUUGGCAUUUUUAGCUGAACUAUCCCUUUAACAUACCGAAUGUGGAUGGUUUGAGGAUUCACAGUGCCCUUUUAAGUCUUCAUUUGAUGUAGAAUAGCCAAUGAGCAAUGGUGUUGGGGUGAUUUAGCAAUCGGCUGGCUUUGCCGUCAGUAAUUUGAGGGACCAAUGAAGAUGUUUAUCUGCCAAUUAAAAAUGGCAACACAAACUCUGUUUUAUGCUCUACUGUACAGCUUUUUGCCACGGAGACACUGUGCUCUGUAGUUCUUUGCACUGCUAUGGGCGGGACUGUGAUGUCAUGUUGAAGUUCUGAUUGACGUAUGCUCAGGUGUGAUCAAGCCACACCCCUAAAGACGGGGCCGGUUGUCUGAAGCCCCUCCCCUCACUGCCAUCCCCAUCGCACAAUCACACGUCCUAAUGCUUAUUUAAUACACAUUAAACCAACAAAAAGACACUGUUCAAUGUAAACCGUGUACACAUGCACAUUAAAUACAGGCACUUUUCAAAAAUUGUAUCAGCACGUGCUCACAUACACAUGUACAAAGCUGGCAUCCAAGUAAAAAGCAUUGCCUUGGAGACCUGGGUUCACUGUGACUUAAAAAAAAAAAAGACUUUAGGGAGGGGCUUUAAGGUCAGUAGAAUGAUGUCAUAAAGGUUUACAAUGAAAUGAAGGUAAAUAAUCAUACUUAUAACAUUACGGUCACUACAAUGAAAAUACACAACAGUGUCAGAGGGGUGAUCAGUUCUGUAGACCCCCACAGAUGCAGUACUACAAUUUACCAGUAGAUGGCAGUAACAGUAUAGUGUUCUUCGUAUGCACUUGCAUUCCAGUUUGCAUACUUAAACUGUGUGCUACAAAUACAUACUUUUGAACGCAUUACCUUAAGAAACCAUGUAUUACUAUGACAUUAUAGGAACAGCUGACCCAAAAAUUAAAAUGUACUCACCCUCAGGCCGUUCAAGUUGUGUCUUGAUCAGAACAGAUGGAUUUUUCACUGGAAAAAAAAAGCAUCAUUAUGGAUUAUGGAUAGUUGCUUUUUUUUUGUUCACAUUACUUUAGGCAUUUGAUUACAAACACAAAGCUUUUUAUUUCACAAGAAAUGAAAUGAUGGGCUGCAUCUGUGCGGAUUACUUGAAGAUUUUAUCAGCCGUUUGGUCUUCUAACUGCAGAGGAAUCAUCAGCAAAGUGACGUAAUUCUAUAUUUCUCCAAAUAUGUUAUGAUGAAGAAACAAACUCAUCUACAUCUUGCCCAAGGAUGAGUAAACCGCAGCACAUUUUCAUUUUUGGGUGAACUUUUACCAUUUAGCUAAAUUCGUAAUCUACAACUAUAAACUUAAAAAGACGCAAGUGUAAAAAUUGUGUCAGAGUACAUCAAAUAAUGCGAUAUCAAAUAUUGUGAUAAUAGACAUAAUUUGGGAAACA